UCGUCAGUCCCGCCCUCGGUUCCUUCGCGUUUUCGGUCAGUCUCCGUUCGACGUUCGAACGGCGAGGUGUGUAUAGCGCAUGUGCGCACCGGUUACUGUGGCGUACUGCGAGGUUAUAAUGGACGCGCCCGGCGGAGCGCGGGAGCCCCGCUUCGGGUCGCCGUACGGUAUGGGACUCCUUGGAGAAGUGCCGGACAUGUAUGGAGCAGGCCGGCCGCCCAGCUCGCUCGGUGGUCUGCGGCCCGGCAUGCAGGCUUGCCCAGGCGCAAGAGGCGUCAAGCGGCCCUCUGACCAGUGCUACGAGGAACGGCCGCAGAGCCUUGGCCUGGAACACUGCGCCAUGCCCGACAUCGCUGACGACGGCUACGCCUCGCUGCAGCCCAAGAAGUCGCCGCCGUCCAACGGCAAGAAGACCAAAGGCCGCGUCAAGAUCAAGAUGGAGUACAUCGACAACAAACUGCGGCGGUACACCACAUUCUCCAAGCGGAAGACUGGCAUUAUGAAGAAGGCAUACGAGCUGUCAACUCUGACGGGCACACAAGUGAUGCUCCUGGUAGCGUCGGAGACUGGCCACGUGUACACAUUCGCGACGCGGAAAUUACAACCGAUGAUCACCUCAGACUCGGGCAAGAGGCUCAUACAGACGUGCCUCAACUCCCCCGAUCCGCCGACCACGAGUGAGCAGCGAAUGGCGGCGACCGGCUUCGAGGAAACCGAGCUGACGUAUAACGUUGUAGACGACGAGAUGAAGGAGUCGGAAGACAACGCUGGGCGAAAGAAUAAGUGCAAGGACGAACCGGCUUCAUCGGGUGACAGUGGUGACGAGAGUGGCAGCGAUCGAGAGUCCCCGAGUGAGAAACUGCUACAGCAGAAUCAUAAACAAGAGUGGAUAUGUACGGACAACGAGCGAAAAUAUAACAGAGAUCCUCCGUCCGACAAUCUACCCUCGACUUCAUCAAACCCCGAACCCGAAAGCAGCAAGUCAAGUCAACCGUCACUACCAAAACUACUGCCAAAGAUAGACUUGCCAGGAGGAACAAUGCUAUACCAUCCUGGUGUACUGGGCUUGGACGGCCUUGGCACUAACUUGGGUCUUGGCAAUCUGGCUAUGGGUUAUCCUCAUAGCUUUAUACUUGGACUGGCCAACCAAGGUCAAGAAGGAGCUUCCUCAUCAUCGACUCAGCCGCAAUACAUAACAAUACCACUAUCGAUGGCAAUGGCUGCGGCUUCGGGACAGACGCAAAAUGGCUGCCCGAGUGCUUCCAGUGACGAUAGCAGUGAACUGCAGGACUUGAGCACCGGGGGACGGAAGUGACAACACUGAUGACUGCUGAAGACUGGAGUAUAUUUUAAUCUUUCUUAUAACAUCACCUGUAUCUUAACUCUAUCUUAUUGUACCAAAGGUAUCUUUGAAGUGAGCUUAACAUUGUAACUUCAAUUAUAAACCAGUUAUGUAUAAGUAUUACUUGUAUUCUACUGUUAUGGAGCAAUUUUAUCCGAUAUUUGACUGUUUUGUAUGUUUUAUUUGAAGUUUGGAAGAGGUGAUAGCCGA